AUGGCUGACACAACUCCCAGGAACGUCCUCGCGACGCCCAAGGGCGACAAGGAGCACCUGAAGCAGCCUGGCAGAAGAUUUCCCACCCCGCAAGCAGUGGACAAGCUGCACCGGCCUUUCAAAUGUCCCGGCUCUGCUACGAGAUCACUUGCAACUGACCGACCUGCCCGAAAGAGGAGGAGAGUCGACUACAAGGGAGCUGAUGGUGAUGCCGAAGCGGACAAACCCUACACAAACGACGAUCGGCUAGCCCUUGCCAAUCGCGACGCCAACAGAUUUCCCGUCUUCCAAGUCAAAGACAAGGAAACCAUCUUCCGCAAAGCAUUUGCUGUGCCGCUUCUCAACAAGAACACGGCUUCGUACAACCCAAACCGACCUCCUCCGACACUGGGUCUGCGGCAGGGAGCGGUCUUCGUGGCCAAGCCACUACAUGACCCGACCGGCGAGUUUGCCAUUGUGCUCCAUGACCCAACUAUCGAUGACAAACCUAAGAUUACCGACAAGCCUAAGGAGCAAGAAAGUAAGGAGGAAGAGAAGACGAAGCUCGAUGCCCCUCUUGUGCACAAGAGUUUGGCCGAGAUUCUGGGUAUCAAGAAGAAAGUCGAAGGCGAACAUCCCCGAGUACCCGUCGUCAUCGACCCGAGGCUCGCCAAAGUUCUCCGGCCACAUCAGAUUGAGGGCGUGAAAUUCAUGUAUCGAUGUGUUACUGGCAUGAUCGAUGAAAAGGCGAAUGGAUGCAUCAUGGCAGAUGAGAUGGGUCUUGGAAAGACAUUGCAGUGCAUCACUCUGCUGUGGACCCUGCUGAAGCAGUCGCCGGAUGCGGGCAAGUCGACGAUUCAAAAAGCCAUUGUGGCUUGCCCGUCGAGUCUGGUGCGCAAUUGGGCAAACGAGCUGACGAAAUGGCUCGGCGCUGAUGCCAUUACGCCGUUCGCGAUCGACGGCAAGGCGUCUAAAGAGGAGUUGACGAGGCAGCUGCACCAAUGGUCGACUGCAAGUGGGCGAGCAGUGACGAGACCAGUCAUCAUUGUCUCGUAUGAGACUCUUCGAUUGAACGUCGAAGCUCUCAAGCACACUAAGAUUGGUUUGAUGCUUUGCGACGAGGGCCACCGGCUCAAGAACGGUGACAGCCAGACGUUUGGUGCGCUCAACAAUCUCAACGUCUCCCGUCGAGUCAUUCUCUCUGGUACGCCGAUCCAGAACGACUUGUCCGAGUAUUUCGCCCUCAUCAGUUUCGCCAACCCGGACCUGCUCGGUACCAGAUUGGAAUUCCGCAAGCGCUUCGAAAUUCCUAUUUUGCGAGGCCGAGAUGCCGAUGCUUCCGAAAAAGAGAGGCAAAAAGGCGACGAGUGCCUCGCUGAGCUUCUGGGUGUCGUCAACAAGUUCAUCAUUCGUCGCACCAAUGAUAUCUUGUCCAAAUACCUGCCCGUCAAGUAUGAGCACGUCGUCUUUUGCAACCUUGCUCCCUUCCAGCUUGACCUUUACAACUACUUUAUCACAUCUCCUGACAUCCAGGCUUUGCUGCGCGGCAAGUCAAGUCAGCCCCUCAAGGCCAUCAACAUCCUCAAGAAGCUAUGUAACCACCCCGAUCUGCUCAACUUGGCCGAGGACCUGCCUGGCUCCGAGCAGCAUUACCCUGAGGAUUACGUGCCAAAGGAGGCGCGCGGCCGCGACAGAGAAGUCAAGCCCUGGUACAGCGGCAAGAUGCAGGUCUUGGACCGCAUGCUCGCCCGAAUCCGUGCUGAUACGAACGACAAGAUUGUCCUCAUUUCUAAUUACACGUCAACGCUCGAUCUCUUCGAGCGCCUCUGUCGUAACCGCGCCUACGGCUGCCUGCGCCUCGACGGUACCAUGAACGUCAACAAGCGGCAGAAGCUCGUCGACAAGUUCAACGACCCGGAGGGCGACGAGUUCGUCUUCCUGCUGUCCAGCAAAGCCGGCGGCUGCGGCCUCAACCUCAUCGGCGCCAACCGCCUCGUGCUCUUCGACCCGGACUGGAACCCGGCCGCGGACCAGCAGGCCCUGGCGCGCGUGUGGCGCGACGGCCAGAAGAAGGACUGCUUCGUGUACCGCUUCAUCGCGACGGGCACGAUCGAGGAGAAGAUCUUCCAGCGGCAGUCCCACAAGCAGAGCCUGUCGUCGUGCGUCGUCGACUCGGCCGAGGACGUGGAGCGGCACUUCUCGCUCGACAGCCUGCGCGAGCUGUUCCAGUACCGCGGCGACACGACGAGCGACACGCACGACACGUUCAAGUGCAAGCGGUGCAAGCCCGACGGCAAGCAGUUCAUCAAGGCGCCCGCCAUGCUCUACGGCGACACGAGCACGUGGAACCACUUUGUCAACGAGGGGCUCAAGCCCAUCCAGGACCUGCUGCUGCGGCAGGAGUGCGGCGAGAGCGAGGUGUCGGCUGUGUUUCAGUAUAUCUCGCAUUAA